AUGAAACCAACGGACACGGCACUGGCCCGGUUUUAUGGAUUACCCAAAAUCCACAAGCCCAAUGUUCCCCUUCGACCAAUCGUUGCCUUGAAAGGCAGCCCCACUUACAAUCUAUCCAAGUGGAUGGCCCGAAAACUUAACUUUCUCCGAGAAGGCUCAAGGACCUCCAUCAAUUCGGCCUCCGAAUUCCUGGCCGACAUCCGAGGAAAAGUUGUCCGACCGGAGCAGAUCAUGGUGUCCUUUGACGUGGUUUCAUUAUUCACGUCCAUCCCACCGGACCUGGCACGCGACGUUCUUCGCAAACGACUAGAAGAGAAUUACAACGAGACGAACAAACCCCUAGAAAUCGACCACUUACUGCAACUUUUUGCCUUCUGCCAACAAGCCUUCUUCACCUUCAAUGGCAGAACAUACGAGCAGAUCAAAGGAACGCCGAUGGGUUCGCCAAUAUCCAGCCUGGUUGCAGAACUAGUCCUGCAGGAACUGGAAAAAGUCGCCUUCGACCACUAUGAACCUGCAUUUUGGCGCGGGUACGUGGACGACACGUUCGUCAUAAUUGAAAGGAGCAGACUGGCCGACUUCCAAGAACUUCUCAACGGCAUCUUCCCAGACAUCCAGUUCACAAGGGAAGAAGAGCAUGCCGAAGAGCUGCCUUUCCUUGACGUUCUCGUCACACGCACACCCAACGGCGAACUCAACACCACGGUGUACAGAAAGACGACUAACACGACUCAGAUUCUCAACUACCACAGUAACCACCCAAUGGCGCAUAAACGCAGCUAUGUUAGGACACUCUUCCAGAGGGUAAAAACGCACUGCAGUGAACCAGAGGGACGAGUACGAGAACUUCGGCAUCUUCGGGACCAACUGGCAAGGAAUGGAUACCCGAACAGCUUCGUCAGCCGCUGCCUCCGCACGCGCCCACGGCGAACAAACAGAGGAGAGCCACCAACACUCUGGCACCCUCUGCCAUACAUAAAGAACGUAUCCGAAGCGAUGGAACGUAUCGCUGGAGAGCUCGGCGUGGGUAUCGCUCACCGUCCGACAGCGACCAUGCGCAACAAAAUCAUGCAAGUGAAGGAUCGCCUAGACGUGGGUGAAUAA